UACCCUAUUCACAAGCCCGAAACACUAACGAGCUUUCUCACAUAUAUUAUUAACUCUCCAGGCCAACAUCCAAAUUCAUUAAAACCUUAAAUCCUGAUCUGUUUGACCGCAACUGAAGGCGUCCCCUCUUUAUCUAGGUCACUGAUUCUCUCUUUCUUCUUUUAGGUCUACUGAAUCGGUGGUAUCUUCUUUCUUUUUCACUCAGAUCCACAAGGUGCUCAGCCUAUAGGAUAACAAAUUACACUUUCUCAGGAUUGAUAUCUGAGGUCUUAUUGUUACUCAGGUAGAGACCAGGAGGAGCUACAGUGACCACUUCAGCUUUAUUAUCUGGUAAGGUUAUUCUCUAUACUGAUUUCAAGAUGACCGAACCAUCAAAAGUUCUUCAUAUUCGUAAUGUUGGACCUGAAAUAUCUGAGGCAGACUUGUUUAAACUGGUAGAAAAUCUUGGUACUGCAACCAAACUUGUGAUAUUGCGUGCUAAGAAUCAGGCUCUCAUGCAAAUGCGUGAUAUUCCUUCUGCGGUCAGUGUUUUAGACCAUUACUCAACAAUUCAGCCGAGCAUAAGAGGUAGGAAUGUCUACAUUCAGUUCUCAUCUCAUCAGGAGUUGACAACAACUGAGUAUUCAGGGCAGGCACGACGUAGUGGAGACCAGGAUUCACAGCCCAACCGAAUCCUCUUAGUUACUAUUCAUCACCUGCUCUAUCCCAUCACAGUGGAAGUGCUGCAUCAAGUUUUUUCCCCUCUUGGUUUUGUCGAGAAGAUCGUCAUAUUUCAGAAGUCUGGUUUGCAAGCUUUUAUUCAGUAUGCUUCAAGACAAAGUGCCGUUCAAGCUAUGAAAAAUCUGCAGAAUCGUAAUAUCUAUGAUGGAUGUUGUCAGCUAGAGAUUCAGUUCUCAAACCUUACUGAGUUACAAGUGAACUACAACAAUGAAAGAACCAGGGACUUCACAAACCCAGCAUUGCCUUCAGAGCAGAAAAAUCGGAUGCCUACCCAGUCUUUUGGUGAUGCGGGAGGCAUGUAUGGCAUUCAACCAGUCUCUCUCCAUCAUAUGGUGGGUGCUCCAGCGAUGGGAUUAAACUCUGUACAGAUGCCUACUGCCAGUGGAGCUGCUAUAAUGGAAGCCUUUGGCGGUGUCUUACCCCGAGGAGUUACUGGUAACAAUGAUAGAUGCACGAUUCUAGUUGCCAACUUGAACCCAGAGAAAAUAGAUGAAGAUAAACUUUUCAAUUUGUUCUCCAUUUAUGGUAAUAUACUGCGCAUUAAAUUACUCCGAAACAAACCCGAUCAUGCACUGAUUCAAAUGGCAGAUGGUUUUCAGGCAGAAUUAGCUGUCAACUUUUUGAAGGGAGCUUUGCUGUUUGGAAAACAUUUGGAAGUAAACUUCUCGAAGCAUGCACAGAUACAUCCAUCCUCAGAUUCAACUGAUUACUCAGGUUCUAAGCUGAAUCGUUUUAACCGUAAUCUGGCAAAGAACUACCGGUAUUGUUGUGCUCCAACAAAGAUGAUACAUGUUUCUAGCCUACAUGCUGAUGUGACAGAAGUUGAAGUUGUGUCUCAUUUGGAAGAACAUGGAAAUAUAAUUAACAGCAGACUCUUUGAGGCUAAUGGUAAGAAGCAGGCACUGAUACUUUUUGAAAAUGAAGAACAAGCUACAGAAGCUCUUGUUUGCAAACAUGCCAGUACCAUGGAUCACUCGACAAUUAGAUUAUCAUUUUCUCAGCUUCAGUCUAUUUCAGCAUCUUGACUGAAGUUUUGACAUGUGGGCUGUGAGAUUGCGUUACUGAUAUCUAUGUCAGUUGCGAUUGAGCUGUACUGAUGAUUUUUGUCUUGGAUUGAUGUUUGCACUUUUUUGUUGGUGCUAGUUUCCGACUUAAAGAUGAGUCAAUGGAUCACUUUCUAUCAACAAAUGCUUUGAGUACAAUUACUGUCAUUAUGUUUGACAUUACUCUGGAUGUCUAUCAGAUGCCACAAAGCAAAACAGAACAAUUUAAGUGUUAUUAAGAAUCUUCUUUUCAUUUUAGUCUAAUUAAGGAUUCACCUGGCAGGGGGUGAUGGGUGGAUUGGGCUGUAAACUUGAGCAUCCCUCAAUUUCCCUACCAAUAGUCAUCCCAAAGCAUCGAAUUGGCAACAUAAAGAUGCUUUUGCAAACUGAUGCCUUGUUCCACUGGAAGUCCAAUUAUAAAUCUAGGGAGUGCUAUGAAGCUCUUUUAAAAUUCUAAUUAUAAAUUUUUUUUAUGGAA